AGGGGGGAGGGGAGAGGAAGCCUAAAGGGACCACCUGCUUCAGAUUCAGCUUCCAAGACGGGAAGGUUCUUUGGAGAGCCAGCGGAGACCAGUAGCCCGAUGAUGCCAGCGGCUGAGAGGUUCCUGGUGAGCGUGUCAGAGAAGAAGCCGGAAUAGAAUGAAAGGGACCUUGGAGGUCUUCUAAUCCGACCCCCUGCUCCGGAAGUGCCCCAGGUGAGAGAUGCUUCUUUUGGGAAAUAUGAAGGGAUCUUCGUGUGCUUCAAUUCUUAAAUAUCUCCCUGAAAGAAUUUUGGGUGAUUGAUAAUGUAAGUAGAUAAUUUAGAGAACCUCAUUAAAGAAAUUGUCCUUGCAUUCUUCCAAAGAGUAUCUCAUUUGGAACAAUUCUCCCAUGGGCCUCCAUCCAUCCCCAUAAAUGGACAAGAGGGUUUGGCCACUUUGUGGAAAGAACAUAAAAUGCAGAUCCUCUCAUGUUUCAUCCUCUUCAGCCCUCUUCUUUGCUUCUAUUUCACGUUCUGAGGUCCUUCCAGGAAUGGGGACUAAUUGGGUGGAUCCCACAAAUCUUUCUCGUGAUCUGUCUUUCAGAGGGAUCCCCAAGGAGAAAAGCCAAUGUCAGGAAAUCUCACUACGUGAGGGAAUACCCUUGUGCUGGAUUGGAGAUUUUCUGGAACGAUUCUCAUUAUCCUUAAUUCUCUGUGUCUUUGUCAUUGUAUUGAGUAGAAGGUGACAAAAUAAGAAAGCAAUAACUCCCUCUUCAAGCUAGAAGACUUAAUGCGCACAAAGGAAUUCCCUCCGUGAUGAGAGAUUUCUCUUUAUUCUCAAUGAUGCAGAAGAGAGCAACCCGUUUUUUGGCCUUCCUUAAGAGAUAAUUUUGACUAAAUUUCUACACAGAUCCCUGCUGGACCAUUUCUAACACCACCUGUCCUUGCAGGUAUGUUCCUGGAUUGCUAGAAUUUCACAAAUUGUUCUUCCAUGAUGGCUUCAAGCUGCAGGGAAGAAUUUGCAGUGAUUGAGCGAAUGCUUUGGUUGCCAAGAAUGUACUUCCAUGUGUUGUUCUGAAAGGAUAGGAGAACAAUCCAAUUGAGGUUUGUUCUUCACUGUGUGGUGGGCUUUGGUCUUCUCCUUUUCUUCUUGGCUCCCACGAUGGAGCCUAUGAAAGGCCAUCGAAGGGAGAGUGUAAAAGAGGCCAAUGGAGGUUUCCUGGGCAGGACAGCAAGAAAUCUUCAGUUUGUCUUCAAGCUAGAAAAGAUGAAGUUGCAGCCUUUCCUGUUUUCAUCCUGUCUCUCUCCUUCCCAGUGGAUGAAAUGGAGUCACCGUUAACUGAAUCAUCUCCUUCUGUUGGUGGAGCUGAAAGAUUCCCAACUCAGGGUCCUGUGUCCUUUGAGGAGGUGGCCGUCCAUUUCAGUGGCGAAGAGUGGUCGCUGCUGGAUCCCAGCGAGAAAGCCCUGCAUCGAGAAGUCAUGUUGGAAAUGUCAGGGAUGGUGGCCUCUUUGGCAUUGGAUGUGCAGAAGGAAAAUCACCAAGAGCCAAAUUCAAUGCAAUUGCAAAUCGUCCAAACUGAAAUACCUGAAGAGACACCUACAAAUCAACGGGAGAGGAGGAAACGUGAAAAGAAGCACACUUGGAGAGAAAAAUCUGUUCUUGAAUGUGUGGAAAUGGAUCGCUUGCUGACCAAAGAUGACUCCAAAGAAAAUACAGGGAAAUGUCAAAGAAGAAAAAGAUUCAAAGCAAACCCCAAUUUUAGUAACCACUACAAAACUGGAAAGAGCUUCAGCAGUAAUAAACUUACUCCCCAUAAAACGACCCAGGCAACGGAGAAGCCCUACAGAGGUGUGGACUGGGGAAAAAGCUUUGGGUGGAGAGGUCAUCUAACUUCCCAUAAAAGAAUACAGUCAGGGGAAAAGCCCUAUAAGUGCACGGUCUGUGGGAAAAGAUUCAGUUCAAACAGUUCCUUUACUUCUCAUAAAGGAAUCCACACCAGAGAAAAACCCUAUGAGUGCCUAGAGUUUGCAAAGAGCUUCAGAAAAAGGGAGUGUCUCAAAUCCCACAAAAGCAUGCAUACAGGCAGAAAACCUUAUAAAUGUGUGGACUGUGGUAAAAGGUUCAGUGUGAAGAGUUCCUUUACUUCCCAUAGAAGGAUCCAUACUGGAGAAAAACCGUUUAAAUGCCUACAGUGUGCGAAGAGCUUCAGGACUAGUAGUUACCUGAUAUGCCAUAGAAGGAUCCAUUCAGGGGAAAAACCCUAUAAAUGUGUAGACUGUGGAAAAGCCUUCAGGACGAACACUGCUUUUACUACACAUAAAUUGAUCCAUACGGGAGAGAAACCCUUUAAAUGCAUGGAGUGUGGAAAGAGCUUUAGCCAAGGUGGUGGUCUUGCUUCCCAUACAAGGAUCCAUACAGGAGAGAAACCCUAUAAACCCUAUAAAUGCCUGGAGUGUGGAAAGAGCUUCCGUGGAAAGAGCUCUCUUACUUGUCAUAGACGGGUCCACACAGGAGAAAAACCCUUCCAAUGCAUAGAAUGUGGGAAGGGUUUUAGACGAAGUUCUACCCUUGCUUCUCAUAAACGGGUCCACACAGGAGAAAAACCGUAUAAAUGCCUGGAGUGUGGAAAAAGCUUCAGAAGCAGCAGUCACCUGAACCUCCAUAAACGGAUCCACACGGGAGAGAAACCCUAUAAAUGCAUGGAGUGUGGAAAGAGCUUCGCUAUAAAGACUUCUCUUACUUCUCAUGAAAUGAUCCACACUGGAGAGAAACCUUACAAAUGCAUGAAGUGUAGAAAGAGGUUCAGGACCAGAAAUUGUCUGAAAUCCCACAAAAGGAUCCAUACAGGGGAAAAACCUUAUAAAUGUGUGGACUGUGAUAAAAGGUUCAGUGUGAAGAGUAACUUUACUUCCCAUAGCAGGAUCCAUACGGGAGAGAAACCCUAUAAAUGCAUGGAGUGUGGAAAGAGCUUUAGCCAAAGCAGUGGCCUUGCUUCCCAUAAAAGUAUUCAUACGGGAGAGAAACCCUAUAAGUGUACUGAGUGUGGAGAGAGCUACAGAACUAGUCAUCAAUUGACCUCCCACAAAAGGAUCCAUUCAGGCCAAAAACCUUAUAAAUGCACAAAAUGUGGAAAACCCUUCAGGACAUUCAGUUCCCUUGCUUCCCAUAAACGGAUCCAUACAGGAGAGAAACCCUAUAAAUGCUUGGAGUGUGGGAAGAGCUGCAGAGUAAAGAGUUCUCUUACUUCUCAUUUACGGGUCCACUCAGGAGAGAAACCCUAUAAAUGCUUGGAGUGUGGGAAGAGCUUCAGAGUAAAUAGUUCUCUUACUUCUCAUAAAAGGGUCCACACAGGAGAAAAACCGUAUAAGUGCAUAGAGUGUGGAAAAAGCUUCAGAAGCAGCAGUCACCUGAACUGCCAUAAACGGAUCCACACGGGAGAGAAACCCUACAUAUGCCUAGAGUGUGGAAAGGGCUUCAGUAUAAAGACUUCUCUUACCUCUCAUGAAAGGAUCCACACAGGAGAGAAACCCUAUAAAUGUAUUGAGUGUGGGAAGAACUUCAGCCAAAGCAGUCAACUUACUUCCCAUCACAGGAUCCACACAGGGGAAAAACCUUAUAGAUGCACAGACUGUGGAAAGACUUUUGCUCGCAGUGGCUCUCUGACUUACCAUAAAAGGACCCACACAGGAGAGAAACUUUAUAAAUGCCUGGAAUGUGGAAAGAGCUUCUGUGAUAACCGCACCCUUACUUCCCAUAACAGGAUCCACACGGGAGAGAAAUUGUAUGUAUGCAAUGAAUGUGGGAAAAGUUUGAGUUCAAGCAGCUCCCUUACUUACCACAUUAAUUCCCACAAACGGAAGAAAUUGCAUCUGUGCUCAGAGUGUGGGAAGAGCUUCAGAUUAAAAAGACACCUUACUUCCCAUAAGCGGAUCCACACAGCAGGGAAAUAGAUAUGUUUGCAAUGCGGAAGGAGUUUUGGUGAAAAGAGGAUGCCUCUCAAGAAAGAAUCCACAGAGGGUGGAAAAAUAUCCUGUGUAAAGCAAUCAAAUUAUUUCCCAAAUUAAUAUGACUCACAUCAGGGAUACAUACAAGUCAGGAGGGAGAUCCCUUUAGGGCAAGGGUCCCUAAUCUGUGGGCUGUUUCCUACUAUCGGUCAUGGCCUAUUGGCCGCUGGUCUACCUGAGUGUCUGGCCAUUGUGUAUGUGUGUGUGUGUGUGCACCCACAGCCCCACUCACGUGAGCAUUGUGAAAGUCGGCGUUUGUGGCCACGCUCAUGCAAGCCUUGUCACGAGCUUCACAGGUGUUUGCUGCACCAGUCGCACAAGUGUCUCCACAAGCAUCGUAGGCAUUUGGUGCCCCACUUUCAUGAAUGUCAUCUUGGGCACUCAAAACCACACUCACAAAAGCAGUGGGUGUUUGUGUGCACGUACACCCAGUGUUCAUCCCCCCACAAAACCAUCCUUUCCCCUCCCCCUGUUCCCGGAACUCUGCUUUAGGGACUGAAGUGUCCUUAAUUUGCAUAAAAGGAUCCACUAUGACGUGAAACCAUCUAAAAAUAUGGAGUGUAAAAAGAAUAACAUUUGUGUAAAAAUGUGGAGAACACUCUUCCUUCUUUCAGAGGAUUGCCAUAGGAGCAGUGAAUAAAUGUAUCUGGAUUUUGGAAAGCUGCCAGGAUAAGAGUUCUUAAUCCAGAGGUAUUACCCAUUUGAUUAAUUUUCUCAAGAAAACCUGUUAAACAAUUGCCCCUCUCAUUACUCCAAAACCUCUGUUUGGUCAAGCUGCUUUAUUUAGGCAGAAGCAACAUCUGAAGUGAGUCUGAGAUCAGCCUCCAAGCUUUGUGAAGAUCUAGUGUAUGCAAGCCAAAGAAGGGGAAGUGUGUCUCUGUGUGUUCAUUUUAGUUCUAAUUGGGUUAAAAAUACUGGCUUUCUUUAAACAUAUAGCUGUCAACUUCUCAAAUGAGCCUGGCUGCAGCCAUUUCCCCCCUUGUUUGAAGUUGCCACAUGGAACGGAGGAAGGGGGGGCUUGUCCAGGUGUUUUGUCCCAUGGGAAUCAAGGUCAUCUAUUGCUCCCACAAUUGGGGAUUGGGUGUAGUAUAAGAAAGUCUGCCAAACUAUUCUAUUGGGAAAUGUAGUUGAUUGUAUAGUACUGGGGCGGGAACUUUAACUUUGUAAUAAUGUAACUUUUUGGAAGGAACUUUAGUGUUGGUUUCACUUUUGACCCUGGAUAGUCUGUAACAAUAAACAUGUUUUUUGAGGAAAUGGCA